CUGUUGCACAGCGUAUUUCAUGGGCUUCGAGGCGAGCAACAACACGUGUCGAAGAUGUCGCCUAUUCUCUUCUGGGUCUACUCGGAGUCAAUAUGCCGCUACUAUACGGGGAAGGCAACAGAGCGUUUCUGCGGCUACAAGAGGAACUCCUGCGAUCUACGAUGGAUCGCUCCAUUUUGCUCUGGAAACCCCACGCGCUUAAACAUAUCCACACGCUCUUUGCCCCCGAUGUUUCUUGUUUCGCGUGCGACGUAUUUGACUGGCAAAACUUGCGCGGAGUGACACACACUGACAAUAUUCUUACGAACCGGGGCUUGCGGACGACUAUGAGCUGCAUGCAACUUGCUUGGAGCAACUACAUAAGGGCGAGUCCGGGCACCUCGCAUCCCAACGAGGGAUCUCCGCGCACCACGAUGAUGCUGCGGCGUAUCAGUCAACCAGAAGCAGAGCAUCCUACAAGUGUUCCAAGUAUUCCGGCAUUCGAGGUCGUCCGCGCACCCGAGUUCCGCGUCAGACAAGAGGAAUUGAGCGAGGCUGGGCAGAGCUGGACUCUACAAGAGGUGGUUCUUCUACGCGAGUCUCAAGACUUCAUAUACUACCUGGACGUGGACGAUCGUCUCGAAAUCAAACUUAUGGAUCACAAAGGCACAUUCAGGCAAUUCGAGGAAAUCCGGUGUCGAAGCCCGCUGCAAGCACUCUAUGUCAAGGACCUCAAGACACAUUCUCGUCAUUAUCUCGAGUUGAAGCCACGUGCGGUCACAGAGAACGUGACCACACGAUGGUCGAUCGAUAGUUGCAACAACAAGAGUUGGAGCAUCGUGCCGACUGGAGGGGAACGAGAAGUGCUCCGUGGUGUUCUUUGGACUAGUCAGUACAAUGGUCUUUCAGACAUGUGUCCACUUCCGCCUAGUUCUCACGUCGUGCGGAUAUGGUACUCUGAGCACAAUGUGCCUGGAUCAGCUAUUGACGUCCAAAGCCUGCCCUCAAACCCAUUUUUGGAGAUACUGUGGAAUUUGGACACGGAUCUAGGAGCACAUUGCGAGUGGGACUACGCCAAGUCGCAGCAUCGUAAUGUGCAAUUCAUCCAGAGACACUGGAGAAAAACUGUUCUGAACUGGAUUCAAUUGUUUAGUGACAAGGAGAAAACUGUGAUUGAUCUCGUGUAG